AUGCUAACUAUCUUAAAUAUGAAACAUAGCGAAAAAGAAUCAGAGACACGCGAGUCUUUAUUAUCUGCCAUACUAGCUCAAGAGAGCCGUGUGCCAUCAGGCAAAAUUCGUGACAAUAUCCAUUCUACUGACGUGGAAGAUCCUAAACCGCUUAUAUCAUUCGAACUAUUACAACGACAACAAGAGUUAUUAAAUAAACAAUUACGGAAGGAGGCAAUUCUAAGGAAGCAACUGGCUGACCUACAACGUAAGCAGUCUCGAAUAGAAAAUGAGCAAAAACAAUUCGAAGACCGCUCAAAUACUCAAUCACAUCCCGUUUCAUAUCCUAAUGAGCACGCUACACCAGCACAUAGGACAAAAAAAGACAUUCUUCAAGCUAAUCAAGAUCCAAUCAAUGAUGAUAGAAAUGGAUUUAACAAUAGCAUUGCAGCUAUAUCACCAUAUAACCCUCCACCAUCUCCUCCACCUCAACGUCUUGAUAGCAAAGCAUGCACUGGCCAUGUUAAAAGUCUGCAGAAACAGCUUAACUAUCUUCGCAAUAAUAUUCGAUCUUAUAGCAUGACCAAAGCGAAAAACAACAUUAAUGAAAUUGAUAAAUACAUAAUCAAGAUUCAAUCGGAAUUAAAGGAUUACGAUAAAGCUGAUCAAUAUUUACAAUCUGUCUACUGCGAUAAUAGCCGAUUAAGGAGGCAACUGAGACUGUCUCAAAAUACAUUAAAAGAAUUCGAAGAAACUGUCAAGGAAAAUGAAAAAAGACAAGAUCAGGAAUAUCAAAUUAAAUCGUUGCAAACGAUGAAUAACCUUCUAGAGGAACAGGUGAAAAAAAGCCAGGAAGGGUUACUGAAUGAGAGACAGUCUGUAUUACAUCAUAAGGAAACAAUCAGUCAGUUGUCAAGGACAGCAGAAGAGUUUCGUGAUGAUAUUGAAAAACUGAAAAAUCAAUUAGUGAUUCAGGAAAACCAAUACAGGCAAAAGGAAGAAAGAUUGGAAAAGAAGGUACUGCAGAUGGAAGCAGAAAGAGCAGAACUAACGGCACGCUUAGAAGUAACUCAGAUGUCUUUAGAAGCGGCAAAGAAAGAACAACAAAUUUUAUCAAUUGCUGUUCAACAGAAAGAAGCUGAAAUAAAUAGACAUGAAGAUAUUUCAAGGUUGAGAACGAAAGAAAUGAUGACUGGUUUGGUAACCACAAUGGAAAAGACCCAAAACAAAAACCAACUGAACAGCUAUAGUUACGAUGCAGAAAUUAAAAAACAAGAACCAAUAUCGGGAGUAAAUCAUAAUUACAGUCUUGAAUCAUAUUUACCGACAACAUCCGGACUGCAAGUCAGUGAUACCGUUAGCACCAAAUCAACAUCACCCGGUUCGAAAUUUAACCCUUACCGAACAUUGCAACAUAAUUCGCCAAAGAGAGAUCAAGGUGGCCAGGAAUAUAUAAUGCAAAAUAAUGGCAUGAAUCCUGAUCAACAUUCUGAAAUCAUCGUUGCUACAAAUAAAACACCUGAAAAGAAGAAGCCUAUCUAUGACGCAUUAGACAAUAACAAUCAUCGCUAUCAGUCGGAAAGCACCGAAAAUGUUUUAUUAAAUCAGGAAAAUAAUGAUUAUGCCGAAUUAAAAGAUAGAAAUUAUCAGCAAAGUCAUGAUGCUGUUCUCGAUCAAAUGGACGAUGAUGCUACGUCUGCCGUAUCCUCUAAAGAUGAAGUUGAAUUCAGAAAAGAAUUAGCCAUUCUUGAUGCGGAUAUCGAGAGACUACAAAGAAGUUUAAAAUACCUGAAAUAUAACUGA